AUGGCCUCUUCACAUGUCAUCGUCCUCGACUCUGCUCUCAAGCGCACUCAGAUCAAGGUCACACCGGGUCGUUAUAUGCGCGAGGUCUUAGAAGAGGCAUGCAAGACGAGAAAGCUAGACCCUGAAGGCUACAAUCUCAAAACACAAUCCAACAAGCUCGUCGACCUCUCUCAGCCGUUUCGCUUAUCCGGUCUCGCGGCUGGUGCCAAACUGCAGCUGGUUCAAGGGAGUCGCUCGCCGACGGUCGUGACCGUUGCUCUCCAGCUUCCAGAGAGCGAAGGCGGUGGCAAACUGGUUGACAAAUUUCCAAGCACAACCAGUCUGUGGCUUGUCCUCCGCAAGUACGAAGAUGCCGUGGCUGGGACUCCGCCUCGGCGGCUGAACCUCACCCAACGAGCGGUGCCCACCAAUGUCGGGUCCGGAGCAGGGAGAUUGGAGUACGAGCAGCCGUGUUUGAACGUCAUGGGCCGUGGGCUUGAAGGCUUCUCGGAUCUCCAAAAAUCGCUUUCCCAACUCGGUCUGACCGGCAGCGUCAUGAUAAGGCUGUCUUUCAAGUCAAGUGGACAGCCGCUAGAAGAAGCCAUGAGGCAGAUGGAGCAGUAUUUCAUUGUGGCCGAAGCUUCGAGUUCUGCUACCGAGGCGGCAACAUCUGCAAAUGCUCCAUCAUCGACCACAGAAGCGCCGCAAUCGCAACUGAAUGACACAAUUUCCAACGCUGACCUCGCUUCAAAUGCCGCGCCGAUUGACCAACAAGUGAUGGAUGUGCCAAAGGAAGAGUCCGUCACAAAAGCAUCAAGCUCAGAUACUUCCAACACAUUGAAUGGCAUAGCAGUAUUUCGUCCGCCGUCGUCCAAUACGCCUGCUGCUGCACUGCAGGAGGAAGACUCCUCCACAUUUGAGCCUGGUAUUGAACAUGCCAAAGCUCACCAAGCCGCUCUGCAACGUGCGAGCCGAAAUACCAAGUUACUCUCGGACGCCGAGCUUGCUGAGCAAGCAUCUGCACGUGAAGCCAAGAUCGCAACGAUUCAAUCUGUCAAAGUCCGGGUGCGCUACCCUGAUCAGAGCAUCAUUGAGACCAAGGUCACAGCCGCCGACACGGCGGCUGAUCUCUAUGCAAAAGUUACGGAAACGCUCGCUAACCCGUCCGAAUCUUACGAACUACGAUUUGCAGGACCGAAGGGCCCACAUCAGGUGUUGCCACACACGAGCUCCCAGCUUUUAGUUCGAGAUUUUGGUUUCCGGGGCAGCAUUCUGUUGACACUUGUCUGGGCAGCCACGGCGAGUGUGCAAGCGAGGCAAAAUCCCAGCUUGAAAGAAGCUUAUCGUAGCCGCGCAACAGAUUUGAAGGUGGAACUGCAGGGGCAGCGCGAAGCAGGGCAGGAAAGCCACCGCACGGCGAUGGCACGGCCGGAGAACACUUCGGGUGGAAGUAGUGGUAAAUCUAAGAUCGAUGUGGAGGCAAAGAUGAAGAAGUUUCUCGGGUUUGGCAAGAAGUAA